AUGCAUAUCCCUACUCUUCUACUACCUGUCUUGGGUGCUCUUGCCCAAGCCAGCCCCAUUAUUUCACGAGCAUCAUCAUGGCCUAACGCACCCUUUACCACCUCCGGCCGCGACAUGAAAAAUAGCCUUGACGAAACAGUCGUCUAUGCUGGAGUCAACUGGCCAGGUGCUGCGGACGUCAUGAUUCCUGAGGGUCUACAAUACCAAUCCGUCAGCACAAUCAUGACAAAUAUCAAAGACCUCGGCAUGAAUGUGAUCAGACUCACCUACGCUAUCGAAAUGAUCGACGACAUCUAUGAAGACGUAGACAGCAGUCUCAAGACCGCAUUCAUCCAAGCACUAGGAGAGACAAAUGGAACCAAAGUCUUGAACCAAGUGCUGUCCAGCAAUCCAAGCUUUACCGAGGACACCACUCGUCUAGAGGUGAGUAAUAUCCAAGACUAUAUACCACGUAUCUCAACCCCUAACAUUCGAACGCACAGGNUCUUCGACGCCAUCGCCGCCGAAGCAAACACCCAACAAAUCUACAUCCACCUCGACAACCACGUCUCCAAAGGCGAAUGGUGCUGCAGCCACACCGACGGCAACGCCUGGUUCGGCGACACCUACUUCAACGUCGCAAACUGGAAACGCGGUCUCGCGUUCAUGGCCUCCCAUGCAGCCUCCUGGCCAGCAUUUACCUCCAUGUCUCUGCGCAACGAACUCCGCACCACUGAAAACGGUACUGGCGAUAAUUGGGUUAGUUGGUAUGAAAACGUUAUUCCUGCUGCUGAUGGGAUUUACGCUGCCAACACAUCGCCGCUGAUCUUUUUCUCGGGGUUGAGUUAUGAUACGCAAUUGGGAACCAUAGUCAAUGGCGAGGACAUCGGCAAUGGAACCUCGUUCUCGUUGAACGAUCACGCAUACGCAGACAAGAUUGUCUGGGAACUGCACAAUUAUGCCAACAGCGCGACAAACUGCGGCGACAUUGAGGGCAGUCUGAGAAAUCAGGGUUAUAAUGCCAUGGAAGGUGAUGCCGCUGCUGUCAAUACGGCUCCAGUGGUAUUGACAGAAUUCGGCUUCGAUCAGAAUUCUGGCACGGAAAGUGUUUAUGCGCAGUGUUUGAAAGAGUACCUGACCACUCUGCCUGGCGGUCCCGGUGGCUGGAUGCAGUGGGUCUUGUCUGGAAGCUACUACAUCCGUGAGGGUGGUCAAGAUAAGGACGAGACCUGGGGACUGUUGAAUCAUGACUGGUCCGACUGGCGUAACCAGACCGCAACCGACUACACGAAGAGUUUCGUACAAGAGACUCUUGCAUAA